GGAGCUCGCUGUUUUCCCAACCCUGCUCGUCCCCCCCCUGAAAAGAUCCGGGAUCAGAGAGGAUCUGCUGAGGCCCGGAUCCAAAAUGCACAGAACCACCAGGAUAAAGAUCACUGAGCUGAAUCCCCACUUGAUGUGUGCUUUGUGUGGCGGCUACUUCAUAGAUGCAACCACCAUAGUGGAAUGUUUACACUCCUUCUGUAAAACCUGCAUCGUCCGCUACCUGGAGACCAACAAAUACUGUCCCAUGUGUGAUGUCCAGGUGCAUAAAACCAGGCCCCUGCUCAGCAUCAGGUCUGACAAAACCUUACAAGACAUAGUGUACAAACUAGUCCCUGGGCUUUUCAAAGAUGAAAUGAAGAGACGGCGUGACUUCUAUGCAGCCUAUCCCAUGGCAGACGUUCCCAAUGGGUCUAAUGAGGAUCGUGGGGAAGUUUCCGAACAAGACAAAGGGAACCUGACAGAUGAUGAAAUUGUCAGCUUAUCCAUAGAGUUUUACGAAGGAAUGAGAGAUGAAAAGAAAGGGACGAUUGAAAACGGGGAUGCGGAGAAGGAAAAAAAGAACGGUGUAAGGUUCCUCCGGUGUCCUGCUGCCAUGACAGUCAUGCAUCUGGCUAAAUUUCUCCGCAAUAAGAUGGAUGUUCCCAGCAAGUACAAAGUGGAAGUUCUCUACGAAGAUGAACCUUUAAAGGAAUAUUACACGCUUAUGGACAUCGCCUAUAUCUAUCCUUGGAGAAGGAAUGGGCCUCUCCCUUUGAAAUACCGAGUGCAGCCAGCUUGCAAGAGACUAAAACUGUCCCAGCCUGCAAACUCUGAAUGCACCAACACCAGCGGAGCAUCCGAGUGCGAAUCCGUCAGCGACAAAGCCAACAGCCCAGCCACCUUGCCCGCCACCUCCUCGUCCCUGCCAAGCCCUGCCACACCUUCCCAUGGGUCGCCCAGCUCCAACACCACUACGAUAAGCAUCCCUGCCAACCCCGGCACCAUACUCAAUGGCACCUCGAACUGCCACCAAAUGCCACCCUCCUCCAGCAGGGGGCGCAAAAUGACUGUGAAUGGCAGCACAGCAUCUGCCUUGACCUAGAAGGGACCCCUGGGGCAUGACUUUCCAUUUUAUAUAUAAAUAUAUAUGUGUAUAUAGGAAAAAAAAUUAUACAUACUUAUUUUCUAUUGAUUGACCAGAUUAAUUUAAAAUGCAAACAACAGACACAAAAUGUGGUUGAGUAUUUUUUAAUGAUUUUUUUUUUUGUCUUCAACUUUAUGGAACUUGCAUGCCAUGAGCCCAAGUUUAGGUAAAAGCGGCAGCCCCUUCAUUUUCUAUACCUUCGGUCACCCCAGGAGCUAAUGGGACUCCGUAGUAACGGAUACACAGGUAAUGGCAAAGCACAUGGACUGAAAGUCUCAAUCCUCGGUGUAAGUGCAUUUGUGGUGCUGUCACUUUCUUCCAAAAGGAUGAGGCUUGUCCAGGCAUUUCUUAAGAGCCACAUCUGAUGUCAUGCUUGUGUCUGCCUCCCCUACCCCCUUUCCUGACUGGUUUAGGGAUGAAGAACCUAAAAGCAGAUGUUGAGUGUUUUGUGCGUAUGGACAGGCAGGAAGUGGGUCUUAGAGCUUUGUAAAUCCUGCAGUUCUUCCACUAGCCAAACUCUCAUGGACUUUAAGCCAGAAGCUUGCCUGGAGUUAGGGCCAUUGGCUAAAAUUUUCAGAAGUACCUAAAUGAUUUAGGAGCCCCAGUUCCAUAGAAAGACAAUGACCUAUGUGAUUUAGGAGCCCAAAUCAAUGUGGUGCUUUUGAACAUGUUACCCAUAGGGUGUUAUGUCCAGAGCAGCCUAGGGGAUUUAGACACACCUUCCAUUAAUUUAAAGGGAAGAGUUUGGUCUGAUUCCUCCCCCACCCCCAAGAGUGCAUACAGCCCCAGCGGAAGCCAGCAAGAGCUGCAGGUGUUGUGCACCUCUGAAAAUCAGGUCCCAUGAGUCACAUUUUUCAAAAGAAGUCAGGGCCAGAUUUCUGGGAACAUGCUGAAGUGUGUUGUUCCCCC